AUGGGAGUGAUGAAGGAAGAGAAGACUGAUGGAAAGUGUAUGAAUAUUGCCAUGGAGCUGGGGACAGAGAAAGUCUUGGGCAUGUGGUGGUGCACAUGUACCGAUACAUUCACUUAUAAGCUCUCACCCAAGCAUGAACGGGAGCUCAUCGAAGGGCGGCGCAAACCAACGAAGCGAGAGGUACUACGAACGUUAAUGGCUGUCUUCGAUCCGCUAGGAUUGAUCUCGAAUUUCCUCAUUUAUCUGAAGGUGUUAUUCCAAGAAAUAUGGCGAUGCGGUAUCGGAUGGGACGACGAAAUACCUGAAGGUCUACGCGUUAAGUGGGAGAAAUGGUUAGAUAUUCUACCAAAGGUUCAAGACAUCAGUAUACCUCGCUGUUAUCGUUCUCGAACGAAACUAUCAUCUGAAACCGACAUACAACUGCACACUUUUGUGGACGCAAGCCUGUCGGGAUACGCAGCGGUAGUCUAUCUACGCUUUGAACAAGGUAGCACUGUGGAGUGUAACAUAGUCGGCGCAAAGACGCGAGUGGCUCCCCUCAAAUUUGUAUCAGUGCCGAGGCUGGAGUUACAGGCCGCAGUCAUUGGAGUAAGGUUAGCCGAUAGAAUCACAAAGUCUUUGUCGGUCAAGGCUCAUCAACGCUUUUUUUGGAGCGAUUCGCGGGACGUUUUAUGUUGGAUCCGGUCAGACCAUCGGCGGUAUUCACAAUUCGUUGCGUUCCGUAUUAGCGAGAUUCUGGAAACGACGCAUGUAGUGGACUGGGGUUAUAAGCAGUCAAGAGAAAAUGUCGCGGACGAUGCUACUAAGUGGCAAGGUGAUCCAGAUCUCACCAAGAAUAGCAGAUGGUUCAAAGGACCUGAAUUCUUAUGGCAAUGUCAGGACACUUGGCCACCCAAUCCAUACCGAGAUGGAGAAACGAAUGAGGAACUUAAAGCGCAUCAGUUCUAUCACCAAGUGGAACCUGCACCCGUUAUGAACGUACUUGGUUUUUCCAGUUGGCAGCGCUUAUUGCGGGUAACAGCUACGAUUUAUAGAGCCGCACAUAACUUCAAAAGUCACCCAAAUGGAACUGAACGCAUGACUGGUCCACUCUCAGAUAAGGAACUUCAGCAAGCAACCAUUUAUCUGUACAGUUUGGCUCAAGCGGAUUCUUUCUCGGACGAGAUAGCUGUCCUAAGCAUGGAAACAGACACCAAGAUGCUGCCAAAGUCUAGCUCAAUCUACACAUUAAACCCGUUUCUGGAUGAACGAAAGAUUCUGCGGAUGCACGGUCGAAUAAGUGCUUCGGAAUACGCCUCCAUGGACGCUAAGAACCCGAUAAUUCUCCCGAAGGAUCACCACGUUACAUGGCUGAUAGUACGGAACCAUCACGAGAGAUAUCAUCAUCAAAAUCACGUUACCGUUGUGAACGAACUGCGGCAGACAUUUAGGAUUCCCAAGAUCAGGCAACUGUUUCAGCGUGUUAAAACGAGUUGUCAAAGAUGUAAAAACGAAAAGGCAAUACCGCGUCCACCUCCGAUGGGCGAUCUUCCAGAGGCAAGGUUGGCAGCUUUCACAAGGCCAUUCUCAUUUAUUGGCAUUGAUUACUUCGGUCCGCUAGUAGUGGUUAUAGGGCGUCGCACUGAGAAACGGUGGGGUGUGCUGAUAACUUGUUUGACUACACGGGCGGUACAUAUCGAAAUUGCACAUUCGCUCAAUGCGAGUUCGUGCAUAAUGGCAUUGAGAAAUUUCAUGGCACGGCGGGAUGUACCAAGGAAAAUCUACAGCGAUAGGGGUACAAAUUUUACCGCAGCGAGCAAGGAGAUUAUAGCAGCGAACAAGGAGCUUAAAGAGGCGCUUAAGAAGAUGGAUCAAGAGGAAGUCAUGCAAAACAUCAUUAGUACCGAGACGGAAUGGACAUUCCUACCCCCAGCUUCACCACAUAUGGGAGGAGCAUGGGAGAGGCUGAUACAGUCGGUGAAGAAAAACCUCGCUGCGAUGAAACCAGGGCGUAAUCCCACCGACGAAACACUCCGGAACACGUUAACGGAAAUUGAGAAUAUAAUCAACUCUCGUCCGCGGACACACGUACCCGUGGAAGAUCCUGAUGCUCCGGUUCUGACUCCCAACCACUUUCUGUUGGGUUCUUCAAGUGGACUCAAACCGGCCACAGCCUGGGACGAUAGUGCACUGGUUCUUCGACGGUCAUGGUGUGCGUCACAGGUCGAGGCUAACAUUUUUUGGCGACGAUGGAUGCGGGAUUACCUGCCAGAUCUAACCAAACGUACGCGGUGGUACAAUGAGGUUAAGCCGAUUCAGGUGGGCGAUGUCGUAGUGGUAGUCGAUCCCGGAUUACCAAGAAAUUGUUGGCCGAUGGGACGGAUAAUCUCGGUUAAUCGAAGUAAAGACGAUCAGGUAAGAUCAGCAGCGGUGCAGACUCUAGCAGGCAUCUACGAGCGUCCGGCGACAAAGCUAGCCGUAAUGGAGGUUCGACGCGAUGAAGAGGUAAGCCACAGACUGGGCGUACCCGGGGGGGAGUGUUACGACCCCUCGGUCGGCGCGACUCACCUCACAAUUUGA